CCAUAUUGCUAGAGAGAGGGAGAGAGGAAGGGGGGGCCCAUUUCCGCGUAAAUACGUCACAUCUACGUCUCCGUUGGGAAAUGAGUGAUGGACAAGAGAACAGAAAGCUGGUCGUACGGCUCAAGAGCCAUUUAUAAAAAGACUGAAGGCCCACACAAACGGACUCCGUCUAGACACGAGGGCCAGAGAAGGCCCGGGCACCCUGAUCAGGAUCCCUUUUCUUGCAUUUUAAAAACAUUAUUUGUUUCUAUGGAUUUUAUCUGAAUGCACCAGUCUCGCGAAGAUCUAAUUAAACCGGGAAUGGAUUCAUCUUAGAAGAACCUGUUGGGUUUUUUGUUGUUUUUGUUGUUGUUGUUGUUUUUUCCUCUUGGAGAGUUUUUACGCACAGCCUUCGUGCGUUUGGGUCCCUCAACAGAUUUCUAGUGCAGACUUUUUGACGUGUUUGGAAACGUUUUCUUCGCGCUAUCAUCCAUUUCAAAGUGCACUCCAGUUCGGCUCGCCCGAUUUCUCAAGUGCACAUCGGUAUCACAUCACGCUUCUGGCAGCACCAGUAAUAGCAACACAGAUCGCUUAACACUUCUCGCAAGACUUGACACUGGUGUCUCCUAAACGGGGGCCGGUUAUGUUUGCGUUCUUUUGAAAAGUUUUCUCAACUACCGGAUAUUAUCUACCUUCUGAAAUGAUUCCUCUGUCCCCUCUAUUCUUCGUCCUCCCCGCUGCGCUGUUCUUGGCGGCGCACGGCGCAGGGGACAUCCAGGGCUUCACUCUGCCCGGCGGAGGCGCCGGUUUCGACCCGACAGCCCAUGUAGAUCCCUGCAUGACAGUGACUCCGCCGUGUAUGAGCGAGGCUGAUCGCUACAGCCUGGAGGCCCUGCAGAGCAUCCACCAGAUGAUGGACGAUGACCAAGAUGGCGGGAUUGAGGUGGAGGAGAGUGUGGAGUUCAUCAUUGAAGACAUGAAGCAGCAACAGACAAACAAACAUAACAACCUGCACAGGGAAGACCAGCACAUCACAGUCGAGGAGCUCUGGAGGGGCUGGAAGUCUUCAGAAGUUCAUAACUGGACCCAAGACGAGGUGCUCCGCUGGCUGAAGCAGUUUGUUGAGCUGCCACAGUACGAGAGGAACUUUAAAGACUUUAAGGUCAACGGAAACACGCUCCCCAGGAUUGCAGCUAAUGAACCUUCAUUCCUGAGUGGCCACCUGAGAGUCCAGGACCAGAGAGACAAGCAGAAGCUCAACAUCAAAGCACUGGAUGUAGUUCUGUUUGGACCGCCUACACGCCCACCUCAUAACUACAUGAAGGACCUGCUGCUCAUAGUUUCGGUGGUGAUGGGAGUCGGAGGCUGCUGGUUUGCCCAGGCCCAGAACAAAGCCAGCAAAGUCCACAUAACCAAGAUGAUGAAAGAUUUAGAAAGUCUGCAGACGGCUGAGCAGAGCCUCAUAGACCUGCAGGAACAACUAGAGCGAGCCCAGGAAGAAAAACGCAAUGUGGCAGAGGAAAAGCAGAACCUGGAGGAGAAGAUGAGAGACGAGAUUAUGGGAGCACAGGAGGAGGCUCACCGUCUGCAUGAGCUGAGGCAGGGAGCUGUCAGCGAGCUCAGCCGCCUCCGAUACGCAGAGGAGGAGCUGGAACAGGUCCGUGGAGCACUGAAGCAGGCCGAGAAGGACAUGUACGCUAGCUGGACUGCCUCAGAGGUCCUUCAGCAUUGGCUACAACUGACACAUGAGGUAGAAGUCCAGUACUACAAUGUUAAAAAGCACAGCGCAGAACUACAGCUUGCUACUGCCAAGGAAGAGGCAGAGAGAAUUAAGAAGAAGAGGAGUUCUGUGCUGGGAACACUACAUGUCGCCCACAGCUCCUCUCUAGACCAGGUUGACCACAAGAUCCUACAAGCAAAGAACGCCUUGUCAGAGGUAACGGCCUGCCUGCGGGAGCGCCUUCAUCGCUGGCAGCAGAUCGAACUCCUCUGUGGAUAUCCCAUCAUCAGGAAUCCUGGCCUAGCACACCUCACUGCCCACCUCUACUCGGACUCAAUUGCCCUCGGAUUUCCACGCGUGCCCCAGACGUCUUGUUCAUGUCACAGUUCCAUCCAGGGCUCUGUAGAGGAUCUCAUGGACGAGUCUUCUUCUCCAAUCUUAGCACAGAUGACAGUUCCAGUUCAGCCACUUAAGCGGUCUCCUCAAACACGCGGCUCCACCUUAUGUCGGCCACGUCGUCCGGGUGUCAUCACUCAGCCACCAGCAGCUAUGAUCUCCCAGGACCCGGAUCUUCUUAUCCCCAUCCGGGCCCCUUACCCUUGCUAUGAUGAGGAAGAGGGGCUCUACCGGAAAACUCUCAAAAAGCAAGAUUCCCAAGAAAGGUACUCAGACUCAGAAUAUGUGACUUCCUCACCUGGCAAAAUGUUCGCUAGCUCACCCACCGAUGCUCCUUCUCGAAAGCUCUAUCACGAGGAAACCUAUUUGCUCACAGACACCUCAAUCUUGUGUAAAGAUGCAGAAGCCGUUCUUGAAUCUCCGGUUCGCAAAAUGACUGUGGAUGAGCUUGGAGCUUCUGUAGAUGUAGCCACCUGCAGGAAGAUGGAAACCUCUCCUUUGAAGAUGUCUACAGAAGAGUCUUUCCCAGACUCAAGGAAGACUUCUCGUGACAAGAGUGAACUUCCUAUGGAUCUUGCACCUAGGAAAGGGAUUUCAGAUUCUGAGUCAGACGUAGAGUUUUUGUCCAGAAAAGUGGAGAAAGAUUCAGUCGUAGACCUGGUGGACGUUCCCACAAGGAAUAUGUACAGAGAACGAAGUGAUAUGCCUCUGGAUAUGAGAAAGAUUCUUUGGAAUGAAUCAUCAGAUGUAGCACGAAGGAAGAUAUCAAGAGAUAUGAUGGGGGUUUCAAUUGACAGUGCCUCAAGAAAGAUGACAAGAGAUGACAGCGAGUAUUUAUUUGAGAGUAGAAGGAUUACAAGAGAUUCCAUGGGAAUUUCACAAGACACAGGUUCUAGGAUGUCUUCUUGGAAUAAAGGGGAAUGCCAGCUGGAUUGCUCAGUGAGGGCAGACCCGAUGAACGAGACUGCCAGAACACCAACAAGAAAGAUAUCUAAAGAUGAGCUGGAGUAUUAUACAGAUUCUGCUACUAUAAAGAUGCUACCCAGAGAGAAAUUUGAAGCACUUAGGGAUACUUCAUCCUCUACAGAGAAGCAAGAGUUUGGUUUGGAGCCAGCAAGUAGAAGGAUGCCAAGAAAUGAACUUGAGAUGUCUUCUGGCGCUCUCAGAAGGAGAAUACCAAGAAUGCCAAGAGAUGACAUUGACAGUUCCAUAGACACUCCUACUGGAAAACUCUCCUGGGUUGAUGUUCAAAUGGAAACAUCUCAACAAGCAACACUAAGGGAAGACUUUGCAGCAUCUGAAUCAAAUUCAUCUCCAGGUAAAACCGAACAGCCAGACCUUAUGUUAACCUCCCAGGUGCCGUGGCAGUCCUCAUCAGAGCUUUACUCCGCUGGCCCACUGAGCAAGCUUGUGUAUGACGGCAUCCUUGAAAAGUCAUGCGACUCCACGUCCGGCCUUUCUGCUUCGACACCUAACUUGCCUCAGAGCAGGCUACUAGCAGAGGUGGAGCCACCAAGGCCGGCGAGAACGGUUGUCUUCCUAUCACCCCCUGACACUGGAGAUGAGAAGAUCAAGGAGAAGAGCAAGAAAUCUUUAAAGCUGAAAAAUCUUUUUAAAAAGAAACAUGAUUCAUCUCCAGAGAAGGUUCAAAGUGGACUUCAGAAACUUUGACAGUCAGCUGAGAAUGUUUUAGUUUGUUUUCCUUUUGAGGUUUUGUUGAACCAGAAAGUAGCUUUAGACACUCUUUAAUGAGAUCUGGCAGUGAUAAAGCACAAGGUUUUAGAAAUCAUAAUCUUCCAGAGUCAAAAGUAAAACUAAAUUAAGGAGAUAAACUAAUAACAUCUUUUAGUUUCCAUUCUCUUACUCUUUUUAAAGCACUGACAGAUUCAUGACAUCUCAAUCUGAACACUUAAGUUAGACAUAUAGUAUUCAAUAGGUUUUACAUAACUUACUUUCUCUUAUUAAGUCUUACAUACACAUGGUCGAUGCCAUAUAUUUAUUUUAGAUGCUGAUAUUUUUAUGCUUUGCCUAUGGUUGAAGGAUUAAAUUGUGUUUUUACAGAUGCUGCUCUUCUUUACAACAGAGGUAAUGCUUGAAUUGAACUUGAAUUGCGAAUUAAGACAUUUGCUACAGUGAAAAACUAAUGCAUUCACUUCAAAGAGAAUUGUUGAUCUGAUCUGAGUUCUGUUAUUUUGUACUUACUAUAUGUGGCAGCUGGACUCCAGCUCCAGUGGUCACAACAUCACAUGACUAGCCCUAUUACCAUGCUUCGUGCUAUGCGAGCUAUGUGUCUUUGGCCGAUGCACGUAGAUACAGAGCAAUCAGUGUCCUGUGAGUCACUAUUUUCAGCUUUUGGCAUGUUUUAUGUGAGGCAAUGAAGACAGCUUCAAAAAUAAGACAAGAAUCAUUAGAGCUCGUCAUAUUUACAGGGAAAAUGCACACAUACAAUGCAGCAAAAUACCAAAUGUCGCUUCUUGUUGUUGUCACUGAAGACUGUUGUCACACAUAAAAUACACUCAUAACUUCCAGUAGUUCCAAAUGCAUAAUCUGAAGGCUGGCCAGAGGGAUCCUCACAUGGUUUUACAGGAUUUAGCAAACCUCAACCUCAAACCUCCUGCGAAAUAGAAUAAAGUAAUAGGGAGUCAUACAAUCACAAAAGUAAUAAUCUUUCUGGGUUUUUAUUUUUAUUUGUGGAGAGUAUAAUGUAAAGCAAUUUAAAUUCUAAUUAGUGAUAUGUUUUUGUUUCUUUGCUUUGAUUUUCAAAUAAUCAAACCACAUGUUGAUUGUCCCAAUGAGACAGAUUAGACGAGUUUAGACGUGUUUGCUCCUCUGCUAUUUAUGAUCGUAUCAUGUUUCUUAAUAGGCUUGACUACUGAUUUUUACUCAGGUUUGAAAUCAAAUUUUAAAGGUUCUUAAAUAUGUUUGACAGUUGACUAGUAAUAAAACAUCCCGGAACAGAGAAGAGUUUAUUUUAAGAUACAUUUUCUCCAUGAUUUAUUAUUAUAUCAUUUUGUAUUGUGCAGUAAUAUUUUAAUGAAAAAUUGGUUUUGUAUUUAUGGAAAGUGGUUAGCGUGCGAUUAAGGACUUUGACAGAGCGUAGAGAUUUAUUUAUUUAUUUUUUAAUCUCCUUAAUAGUCAAAAGGCAAAAUACUAUUUUCGGUCAACAUGAGCACUUUUGAGGUAAAGUGAAGUAGACAAAUGCAUCAUAAUUACUGUUCCCUGAUGCACGUGCUGUCCCAAAUUAAAUUGCUUUUAAUUUAUUUUAUUUUGGUCACAGCUUUGUAGUGAUGCCUUCUGCAUUUUUGACGGCUGUGCACUAGGAAAAGGUUUUGAAAUGUUUCAGAUCUAUCGCCCAUUUAAUUAAAAAAAAAUCUCCAA